AUGGAGAGAAGGCAAUGCUUGGAGCAAAUCCAAUCGUGUAGGACGCUUGCCGAAGCCGAGAAUCUCCACUCGCGCAUCCCGCCAUGGAUGAGCUCCGACAAAUUCGUGGCCAAGAAGCUUAUCGAGAUGUAUGGACGGUGUGGGAGCCUGGCAAAAGCGCGAUCCAUUUUCGAUGCCAUCGACGGCCCAAAAGAUUCGUUCGCAUGGAAUCUUCUCCUCGCAUCGUACUGCAGGAACGCAUCUCUGGAAGAAUCCAGGCACAUCUUCUUCCAGAUUCCCAAUCCAGACCUUGUGGCGUGGACAACCAUGGUAUCUGCAUAUGCCCAGGCAGGGCAUCCACUGCAAGCCAGGGAGUUCUUUGUAAGAAUGCCACAGUGGAAUAUGGUGACGUGUAACUCCAUGUUGGCCGCUUACGCACAAAACGGACAUGUUGAGGAGGCCAAGUUUGUGUUUGACUUUUUGCCAGAGCAAAAUCUUGUGUCUUGGAACUCUAUGCUUGCGGCAUAUACCCAAAACGGGCAUUUGGAGAAAAUGAGACAAAUCUUUGGCUCAAUGCCUGUUCAUGAUUUAAUCUCCUGGUGCUCUGUGUUAAGCGCUUACGUCCAACAUGAAAAGCUUGAGGAAGCAGUGUCAGUGUAUGACUCAAUGCCGGAGAGAGAUUUAAUUACUUGGAACGCCAUGCUUGAUGGAUAUGCAAAAACCGGACAUUUACGAAAAGCCAAAACUUUGUUUGACUCGCUGCCACAGAGAAACCUGAUCUCGGUCACGGUUCUUCUGGUGGGCUUUGCGCAGUCCCGGAAUCUUAGCGAUGCAAAGAGAAUCUUUACGACAAUGCCCGAGAGAGACACUGUGUCGUGGACUGCUAUGCUCGCUGCAUAUACGCAAAACGGUCAUUUGGAGGAAGCCAAGCUCGUGUUUGACACGAUGCCGCAGCGGAGUUUGGUCUCUUGGAACGCGAUACUCUCUGCUUUUGUGCAAAACGGCGUCCAUCUCGAGCAAACCAAGGCUCUGUUCGACUCGAUGCCGGAGAGAGACAUGGUGUCUUUCAAUGCAAUGCUCGCGGCUUACUCGUGGAGCGGCUACGCGGAAGACGCAGCGAAAAUGUUUGGCAUCGAACUUCCGGACCGAAACCUUGUCUCCUGGAACACUCUCCUAUCUGGAUUCGCCGAGAACGGUCAUGUUUGCCAAGCUCGAUCCCUGUUCCUCCAAAUGCCCGAGCGAGAUCUGCUCUCCUGGAGUGCCAUGCUCGUCGCCUUUGCGCAAAAUGGACGCUUCGCCUCGGCCCUUGACACAUUCGAAUCCAUGAAAACGCUCGAGCUUCCCGACCACCUAUGUUUCCGGGAGAUCUUUCUCGUUUGCAACCACGUCGGGAAGGCUUCCAUGGGAAGAUCACAUUUUGCUUCCAUGCAGUUGGACUUCGAGCUGGAGCCGACCAAGCACCACUUUUGCUGCAUGGUGGAUCUCUUGAGCCGGGCUGGUUAUCUCGAAGACGCAGAGGAUUUGAUCAAAACCAUGCCUUUUCUGCCGGAUGUGGUCGAAUGGACGAGCUUGCUCGCUGCUUGCAAGAGCUAUGGCGAUGUUGAGCGAGGUACUCGAGCGGCACAAGCGGUGUGUGAGUUCGAGCCCGAGAAUGGUGGGUUUUACGUGUCACUGGCCACCGUGCAUGCCAUUAAGAAAAUAGUGGCGAAGGAUUUGCUUUGCCCUAAUUUUUGA